GAAGCUGCGGCCCGGCGGGAUGGAGGAGAGCAUGGAGGAGGAGGAAAUGCUCACCUACGAGGCAAUGAUGGACGACCAGAAUCACAACAACUGGGAGGCCGCCGCAGACAGCUUCCGGCAGCCUCCACCGGCCCCGCCGCUGCCCCCGCCGCCGCCGCCGCGGCCCUCGUCGUCCAUCCCAGAUCCUGGCCGAGAACUCCCGGGGGGACAGCUGCUAGCUGUGCACGCGGGCUCCAUGGACAGGAAGGGUCCUAAGGAAGGGCUCUCGAUGGGGCCUCCGCCCUUGCCGGAGUCAAACGGGGUGAUUAUGAUGUUGAAGAGCUGCGACACAGCCGCCGCGGUGGCCAAGGCGGCUCCUGCCCCCACCCCCAGCUCUACCAUCAACAUCAACACCUCCACCUCCAAGUUCCUAAUGAAUGUUAUAACAGUUGAAGACUAUAAGAGCACAUACUGGCCAAAAUUAGAUGGUGCCAUAGAUCAACUUUUAACCCAGAGUCCUGGUGACUAUAUACCUAUAUCCUAUGAACAGAUUUACAGUUGUGUGUAUAAGUGUGUGUGCCAGCAGCACUCAGAACAGAUGUAUGGUGAUCUGAUUAAAAAAAUAACCAGCCACUUAGAGCGAGUCUCCAAGGAGCUGCAGGCCAGCCCUCCAGACCUCUAUAUUGAAAGAUUUAAUAUAGCUCUGGGACAGUAUAUGGGAGCAUUGCAGAGCAUCGUGCCUCUUUUCAUAUAUAUGAAUAAGUUUUACAUAGAAACUAAGCUUAACAGAGACUUAAAAGAUGACCUUAUAAAACUGUUUACGGAACAUGUUGCAGAGAAGCACAUUUACAGCCUAAUGCCUUUACUUUUAGAAGCCCAGUCAACACCAUUUCAGGUCACACCUUCAACUAUGGCAAAUAUUGUGAAAGGCCUGUACACUCUCAGACCAGAAUGGGUUCAGAUGGCUCCGACAUUGUUUUCUAAGUUUAUUCCAAACAUUCUGCCCCCGGCUAUGGAAUCUGAACUUUCUGAGUAUGCUGCCCAGGAUCAAAAACUUCAAAGAGAACUUAUACAGAACGGUUUUACCAGAGGUGACCAGUCCCGGAAGAGAGCUGGAGAUGAGUUGGCUUAUAACAGUCCAUCCGCUUGUGCAAGUUCCAGGGGAUAUAGAUAGUGACUGUUGAACUACGUUUCUCCCAAGAAAAGACACACUGGAGCUACAGAAACUGUUCCAGGCACAGUGGGGCCUGCACCACUCAGGAGCUCUGUCAAAGGCUGUUCUCAGAGAGGAUACCAGACUUCUUUCUUUGAUUUUCAGUUUUUAAAAACAAGAACUAACAAAAACAAUUGCUGCUAGACUGGGGGGUGAUUUUGAAAUGGGACAAUCUUAUAAUCUACAGAGCAAGUGUCUUGGAGAGAGGCCAUUGCUAAAGUGAAGCUCAACAUUUGAAUCAGCUUCCUCCAGAAAUACAAGAAAGAAAGAAUUUUUUAAAAAGCACUUGUCUUGUUCAUUUGUGGACUUGAAACAUGGUGUCUCAUGUCAAGAUAUCUCUGCUUAAAACUAAGCAGAUGUUACAAUACAGUGUUUUCACCCAUGCCCCAAACAAUCUGUUUUAAAUUCAGAUUGGUCCAUGUUUAGCAAUUAGUCUUGUGGAGGAAAAUGCUAACAACUGCUUUCACUAUUACUUUCCCUAUCAAUUCCCGUUUUCAACUGUGUGCCUUGAGCUUUGUGCACUUUGCAGCUAUGUGACCAUGUCAUCAAUCUCACAAUGCUUCCCAGAGAAGUUGAUAUCUUGAACUGGCCCACCAAAGCCUCUGGUAUGGCUUUAUGUUUGUAGCAGAACCUGAUUGAGAAAAUGGAAGCACUAGAGGCUAGUCAGAAUUCACCCUGCUGUCUCAGCUCUCAUGGUGACCAACUCUUACUGAGUGGUUUCCAUUCUGCUAUCCCCUGAUCUCAGCCUCCAGUAGGGUGGAGCCCUCCCUGGUUUCAGGCUGUGAUACUGUAGAGAUUACCCAACAGUGGGGGCUGCUCCCUGAGUUCCCUCUUGAGAUGAAUAGUUUUUAAACCCAAGUAUGGUGAAUAGUUUUUGGUCCAUCUCAUUUUAAUGGGUGUAUUUAGUACGUAUAAAAGGUCGGCUCCACCCUGCAUCUUGUAAACAUCAUGUUUGAUAUUUGCAACAGGGAGAGUUUGCGCUGUUGUUUGAAGGCUCCUUUCAGCUGUGGUAAAGCUGUGUUACCUGUUUCACUACACCAACAGUGCUCUUUAGUUCUUCACAAAAGUCUGAAGCUUAUCUAGUUGUGUUUCAUUAAUAAAGAAAACUAGAUAGACAAGGGAAAAGUAUUUUUCUCCUCAAAUUUGCUUGAAUGUGAAGUGAACAUUGGCUUUGUGCUACCAGGCUCCAUCUGGCAGUGAUGCUGACCAUUCAGAGAAUGCCCCCAAGCUACUGCUACCAACUCAGUGGGCAACAGAGUUAGAAGUGGAACACCAGGGACAAGAACAUUACCCAGUAGCAGUCCUGUUUGUAAACUAUGUUCCAGGGGAGGAAUAGUUAAGAGCUAACAGCUUGAUUCUUUCAGGUACUUGUCUGCAGUUGGUAGAGUUUAUGGGGGUUUAAUUGGCUUCAUUCCAUUUGGGUUAUAUUGAAGAACUUGAGUUAGGGACAAGUGGACUCUUAUUAUGGUCUGCAUAGCUUUUUCUGCUCUAAUGUGGAGGGAAAAUUUUUCAUUUUAUCAAAAAGCCCUGUUUACUUUUCUGAUGGAAUGCUUACCACAGAGUUGUAAAUAUCAUUUGGAACUGGUUUCUUCUACACAGCUUUAAUAUUUUUGACAAUAGCAAAGUUGGAACAUUUCUUGAAACGUAAUAGGUUAGUGGUUUGUCCGGGAGAGAGUGCUCUUCUUUUUCUCCAAAAGAACUUUCCCUAUAUAAAAGCAUUAUAUUAAAUAUAUUGGCAUUAAAGUGGGUGCUUUUGUGUUAGUAAAUUAAUGGAGAAAUAGUCACAUUAAUUCUGUGUUAGCACAAAAUAGGCAGAGGAAAGCCUGUAAAAUUCUCAUUCUCUGAGUCAAAGCUGGGUAUCACUGUGCUGGUACUGAAAGACGGGGAAAGUGAGUGUGCUCCUGAUGGAUGUAUCCUGGUGGUUAAGAAGGCUUUACAGUUUGUAAAACUUCAGGUGAAAUUGACACUUCUUGUUAAUUGAAAUCUUUACAGAAGUCUUAGUCUCCAACUACGAGGAAAUAAAAUCUGUUCCCUCUCAUUUUGUAAUUCUGAAAGUACUUUCUUUUCAUGUGUACUUGUAUUUUUGCUAGUACAAUUUUCUACCCCUGCUGAGGGCUGCUUUCUCAGUCAGAUCCUUAAAGGUCAAAUUGUGUAGAUCAGUUAGUCACUGCAAUACACUUGAUUUGGCUAAAUGGCUAGUGUGUACAUUUGCUAAAAGUAGGCCUUAAAAAAAAAAAAAAGCCAGGAGGGUCGUCAAUGGCUUGAAAAAGCAAACAGAUGUUGGUGUUGAGAGACAGUGCUCAUUUUAAAGGUUGACCUUACACUUGAGUAUAACUAAGUUAUCUGGUGACCUGCUGUCAUAACUACACUCUGACCUGACAGAAAUUAUUUUCUUGGGGGCAGAAAGUAAAAUUUAGUGCUCUGACUUGCCUAAUAGUUGCUAGGCAGGGUUAGUAAGAAGAAACUCUGACUUGCAUGCACAACUAGUAAUGACUGUGCAUUACUAAAACUUCUUAAAGUCUUUUAUUACAGGUCACUCAUUCCUCUUUUUGUCUAGAGUGAAGUUGGUAUGUGUGUAGGUGAGACUGCAGAGGAUGGAUGUCCCUGGUCAUGACACUGUGUAUGUCUCUAUUGCUCAGUCCUGUCUAGCUACUGCCCCCUUGUCGUUUACUUUGUCAGGUUGCAGAUUUGCACACAUGAAUGAUUCCUCAGGAACAGUUUCCAUACUCAGCUUAAUAUACUCUGUAUAGACCAAAUAGCAUCUAAAGUUAUCAGCACAAGAGGGUUCAUAGACCUACUAGCAGAGGUCAUAGUGAGCUUGCAAACAAAACUGGUUUCUGCAGUUAAUGGGAAGAGGAGCACGUAGAGUUAUCCCUAUAACCAGAGUAACCAACCUUCCAGAUUUUGUUGGCAUAUUGGGGCUAUGGUUUUUUUGUUUUUUUCUUUUCUGUUUCCCCUCUCACAGUAAUUAUUAACAUGGUUAAUAUGUAAGAAGAAUUGCCCUUGAGCUAAGAUUCAACUGUUUAUUAAGCAGCUAUCAUUUAAAUGAAGCAUUAUUCAAUGAAUAUGCACUAAUCUGAGAUAAUAAGAAACGACUAAAAAGCAAAACAAAAACCGUGCAUUAGCAAUCCAUCUGUUAGAGUUUGGUUUUUAAUAGUGUGUGUUCUUUAGCUUUUAGCUUGGAAUAUUGUUUGCUUUUAUCCUAGUGUAGGUCUCUUAGGGGGAUAUUAAAAUUCAAGGUUGGAAUGUGAUACCCUUAAGUGACAUCUGAAAGAAGUAUCCACUUUUUCUGUUGAUUACUGCUUUUCGUAAUACUGUGCAAAAUGUUCAUUUUUACCAGAAGUUCAAGCAGAAAUCAUAGGGGUUCAUAGAGAAAUGGCUCUCUUGUGCUUUUCAUUACCACAUAGAAAUUUUUCUUGGUUUCUGAUCCCUAGAAUAUUUGGAAGGAGGUGUUUGUUCUUUCCCAAAGGAAAUGCUCCCUCUCUGGUCCCCUGCUGCUUAGCUGCAGUCACUGCCUCCUCCCUCCUGCACUAGCUGAGACCUUAACAUAAACCUCCUAGAGCUAGUGAUGGGUCUGACCCCUGAGUGCAGGACCAAUCUCUGCCAUGAAGAUCUCCAUUUUAGGCUUGAUUCCAUUGUUAGAAGGGUGCUGCUGGAUUAUACCUCUGGGAAGGUCGGCAGCAUGGCACUAGGGGUAAGAGUUGAGCGAUUUGUAUUUUGUAUUUGUUCUUACAUAUUUACAUAUUGUGACUACUAAAUUCAGUAAGACUGGAUGUUCUCCUAAAGGUGGCAGUGCUCUUGGUUCUUCAUAGUCUUAUAUGUCAAUAUUACAGCCCUGGAUUUUCAGAGAAAUUAUUUAAACAUCAAGUCCUGGGAAAUUGGCUUAAACAAAUGCUUAUACAAAAUUAGGAGAUCAUGAGCAGGCUAAAGGAGUUUUCUACCCACUAGCAUAGCAGAACAAAUGAAACAUUGCUGUCUAUUCUCCUGACAUUUGUCAUAAGACAUGGCAAAUCUGGCACUGUCCUUUGCCACUUAUUUACAGAACAUGACUGAAGCACUUCCUGAGCUGGAGUACAAAGCUGCUGGCCUGGGCUCUCCUUAUAAACAUGGUGGAUUUUGAAUCACUCCUCUGUAUUAGGUAUAUAUAUUCUCACUCUAAAGUAUUGUGGUUAAUGAAGAAUAAAACUUGUACAGAUGUCAUUAAA